AUGAGCGCUCCUGAGGAGUAUCGAGGCCCAAAGUUCGUGGGCAUCAUGGGCCACGACAAUGUGAGCCACAACGGGAGCAAGACGACGGUCUACUUUGUACAGGUGCAAGUGCCUGAGGGCGGCAUGUUCAUUGUGCGGCACCGCUACCACGAGUUCAAGGACUUUUACGACAAGAUGUCAAGUGAAGGGUUUCGCUGUCCUGCGCUGCCACCGAAAAAGUUCUUGGGCAAUAACAAUAAGGAGUUUAUUGAAAAGCGACAGCAGGAGCUGGCGAAUUGGCUCCAUUUGCUAUGUCAAUUUGAUCCCGCGUCAGGGAACUCGGAUCCUCGAACUUCCGAGCUUUUCAAGGACUUUAUGCUGACAAACAAGGAGCCUUUGGAAAAGUAUCAGGGAAUUACGGCCGUGUCUUGCGAUGGGACUCCUCCGACGUCGCAGUCGUCAGAUGCCGAUAGCGAAACGGGUCUGUACAACACGCCCAAGACGACGCUGGACGACUUUGAGCUGCUCAAGGUCAUUGGCAAAGGCUCGUACGGCAAAGUGACGCUCGUGCGCAAGAAAGAAGGCAACCGGUUAUUUGCCAUGAAGUCGCUCAACAAGUCGAACGUAAAGCGUCGCAAUCAGGUGGAGCACACGCGCACAGAGCGACGUGUUUUGGGUCGGGCCAAGCAUCCCUUCAUUGUGCAUCUGCACUACGCGUUCCAGACGUCGCAGAAGCUUUACUUUGUGCUCGACUACUGUCCAGGUGGUGAGCUUUUCUUCCACCUUUCGCGUAUGGAAAAGUUCACGCCGGCCAUGGCGCAAUACUAUUGUGCCGAAAUCACACUGGCACUUGAGCACCUGCACGAUUUAGGGGUGGUCUACCGUGAUCUUAAGCCAGAGAACAUCUUGUUCGAUCCCGUUGGCCAUGUCUUGCUUGCCGACUUUGGACUUGCUAAGGAGGGCAUCACGGAUAGCGCUGAGGGCACGAACUCGAUGUGUGGUACGCCCGAGUACUUGCCUCCCGAGAUUUUGGACCGUGUAGGUCAUGGCACGGCUGUGGACUGGUGGGCUAUGGGCAUGGUGCUGUACGAGAUGCUUACGGGUUUGCCUCCUUGGUACACCCGCAACCGUCAGAAACUGUUUGAUCGCGUGCGUAAUGCUCCGCUAACGUUCCCUGACGAAGUUGAUCCUGUAGCUUGCGACUUUAUCAGCGGACUCCUCCGACGCGACCCGAACAAGCGUCUAGGUAGCAAGAAUGCAGACGAGGUGAAGACCCACCCGUACUUUGCCGGUCUGAACUGGCAGGAUCUGUACGACCGCAAGAUCCCGCCUCCGUUUAACCCGUGCGCCAGUGCCGGCAAUGCCGAGGAGACAAAGAACUUUGAAGCAGAAUUUACCAAGAUGCAGAUCAACAGCGUGGAAAACUCGGCCUUAGGCGGUUUGCGCGUGUCCGAUGCUUCGCGCCCGUCCAUGACGUUUCAGGGGUUUACGUACAACACGCCCAAUGAUCUGUCGAUGAGUGGCUCUGUUGGCCGGGGUUAA